UCUAUCUCUCAUCUCUCUCUUUUUUCUCUCUCUCAUCAUCACACAGAGACAAUAAAAAGAAGAAAUUUAAGCAAAAAAAUAAAUAAAUCAAAGGCAAAAAAUGGAGCAAAAAAAUAUUGUAUUUCUUCUUUCUCUUAUGGUUUUACUACUAAUUUCCUACACAACUUCAGCUCGUUUAUUGCCAACAAUUAAUUCUCAAGAGAAUAAGAAGAUUGAAUCUAAUGGGAUUAUUAGUAAUAAUCCAAUUUCCUCACAAGUACAAGAAGAUUUCAAUGAUCUCAUGGGAAUAGAAGAAUGUGAAGAAAAAGAUGAAGUUUGUUUCAAGAGAAGAAUGAUUGCAGAGGCUCAUUUGGAUUAUAUUUAUACUCAACACAAGCCAAAACAUUGAACAAGUUUAUAUUAAUAUUUUUUUUUCUUAAGGAUGAUUAAUUAGUAAUGUUUUUUCUAUACUUGAAAACCUUAAAUUAGAGUACUACGUACUAAAAGAAACUUUAAUUUAUUAAAACUUGUAUUUCAAUGUAUCAUAAGAUUGUAGUACUAUGUUUUGU